CUGCUCUGCACGUCCGACUCGUCAUACAACGAUGGAACGACACAUUUUGAGUUGUGAAAACAAUGGAAAUGCCCCCAGUAAGUAAUGGGAUCAGCUAGCAGCAGAAGGGGGUCGUUGAAGAGUCCCAGGGAAACAAUCGUCAGAAAUGUUAGCCAGACAAGGAGUAACAGCCUACCCUCCAUCAGAAAACUGCAGUCCUUACCGGAGCUUGCGGUGGUACCCACCUCCAAAACCGUGGAACCAGUACAGGUAACCAGAUGCCCACAUCUCCCUCCCGUAGGUAAGACAGAAAAGGGUACCCUAGUCCCCACGACUCCCCCCAUAGAGGAGGAACACGAAGGGUACGAAUCGGUGCCUGCUUUGUACAAUCUCAUGAACGAUGGUUUUCGUCUGCCGUUCAUCCACUCCCCCGAGUACAUGCUCAUUCUGGACGCUCGUGAGAACGCGUCGUUUGACGAGUCUCACAUUCUGACGGCUAGGACUCACACUGCUAUCGACACGGAUUUUGACUGCUCGCUGGACUCGGGGAAACUGACACGGUUUACGCAUAUUGUGCUGUACGACGAUAACAGCAACCUAGAGGAAACGAACCUGGUGCUAACAAACCUCGCCGAGAAGCUACGAACUCAUGGUCUCGACCCUGCCAUACUCAUCGGCGGGUUUAGUGCCUUUAACAAGGCUUACUCGUUUCUGUGCAAUGAUCUGUUGAUCCGUAGUGAGCGAGACCGCGCUCGCAUGAUCCGCACCUAUCCCUCGGAGGUCAUCGAGGGCGCCCUUUACCAGGGCAAUGCAAAACACUCCAGCAAUCGCAAAGUUAUUGAGAACCUGGGCAUUACCCACGUCGUUAAUGCCACCACGGAAUGUGCGAACGCCUUCGAGGGGGAAUGCAAGUACCUCCAUCUAAAAUACGCCGAUGAACUCAGCUCCAAUAUGAAGCACCGGUUACCUCUAGCGGCGGAUUUUAUCGCGGACGCACUAAGCGGCGGCGGCCGUGUGCUAGUUCACUGCGUAGAGGGAAUCAGUCGCAGCUCGACGAUUACUAUCGCGUUCUUGAUGAAGUACCGGGGCUGGAGUCUCGCCGAUGCCCUAAGUUUCCUUAGGAGUAAGCGACCCAAGGCAAGGCCGAACAGGGCGUUCCUCAUCCAGCUUGGCGAUCUUGAGAGGGAGCUGUUUGGAAAGAAGAUCAGCGACGUGGAGGAGAUUUAUAUGAGCUGAAAUCUUCCCUGUAAACCUUUAUUUUUUUGUAUUAAUCGUAAGAUGCAAUUCCACAAUAACUCUUGUUACUGCGGUGACAUUAUUUACAAAUACUGAGUUUUUAUAGUACCUUUUUUGUGGUUUAAUAUCAGGUAUGAUAUUUAUCCUAAUUUAGUCUGAUUUCUGAUAGUUUGUUUGGCCUCUUACAAAUCAGCUAAAUUAUUUUUGAUUAAUGUACCUAGUAGGGUCAUCCCUUGAACUCUAAUGGUAAAGUAUCGUGCCUGUAUCAUGUUGAUUUGUUAAGAGAUUACAAUAAUAGUAAUAAUAAUAAUAAACAACGCUUAUAAAGCGCCUUACAUCCAUGACUGGACCCCAAGGCGCUGUACACACAUUAAAAAUAGCAGCAAAAACUACCAAAGAGCAUAAACGAUUUCUAAAAAUAUAAACCACAAAAAUGGAUUAGCCAUUAAUUAAAACCACAAACCGCGAAAUUUAAAAGUUAUGGAAAAGCACUACUAUAAAAAGAUUAGUUAAACUUACAAUACUUUAAAAAGGUGUCCAUAGGGGUACACUUACAAUUAUAUCAUAUCAGGGGUCAAUCCCGCAAAGUUAGGACCAGUCCCUUUAAGACCAGUCCCAAGAGAUAAUUUCAGCUUUGUUAAUUCACAAAAGACGAUAAGAACACCACAGUACAGGUUUCUACAUGUAUGUUCUGUUCAGUUAACAAGAGUUACAGUGGAAUUGAUCUUAUGUACAAGUUUCUACUAAUAAAACAAUAAAUCCAAUUAUAGUUACUAACUUUUAAAUAUAUUUAUAUCUUUUUUUUUUUAACUUCUUAAUUUUUGUUUAAUGUUUAUUGUGUUAAAAAUAACAAUGUCAAGUAUCAGGUCUCGAAGAACACAAAGGCCAUGCUGUUGCCCUGGUCUUGGCCUUAGUGCCUCUUCAAAAGUUCCCCAUAGACCUUCUGGUUUUAAAUGGAAAUGCCCCUUUGCAAAAAUGGGAAUGGCCUUGCGUGUAAUUCCGCGCCUGAUUUUAAACGAUUUCAGAUCACUUGAUAACUUUAUUUCUGUAAUUUAAUUUUGAUUUUGAUUUCGACAAAGAUUAAGUUUGCAUUCUCUCAAAACCAACCAGAGAUCUGAAAAUAGGUUUUCAAAGUGAUUAAUUUGCUGUUCACUUCAAACUCUACCCUGCCUUAUGUGCCGAAAUAGUAAAAAUGUUGGUAUUUUGUUGCAAUCUUAGCAGUCAACUCAAAUCCAGUAGUCUGUUGCACUGUUCUGAGUUUAACAGAGUUCUACAUGGUCAUGGCGUGUCCAUUAGCCUUUAUGAGGUAUGGUGAACACUACAGGAGUGCACUGUGUGGUUUGAGGUAUGGUGGACACUACACUGUGUGGUUUGAGGUAUAGUGGACACUA